AUGCUUCUCCACUCCUUACCCCGUGUUGCUCGCACCUCGUCGAGUACCUCAAAGGUCUGCACACGAGUCACCUCCUCGACCAUUCGAAGCUUCCAAUCUUCUGCGCGUUCCCUCGCUCCAACUUUCACCGCCAUUCACCAAGCUCCCAUUACCAGUCAAUCCCAAUCCCGAUCCGCUCACGCCAUCUCCAACCCGACCUUGGCCGGCAUAGAGAAAAGAUGGGAAGCAAUGCCUCCUCAGGAGCAGGCCGAUCUGUGGAUGCAAUUGAGGGAUCGUAUGAAGGUCGACUGGAAUGAAAUGACUUUGCAAGAGAAGAAAGCAGCUUGGUGGAUUGCCUUUGGUCCCCACGGCCCUCGUGCGGAAGCACCUCCAGGAGAAUGGACCAAGGUUUUCUUAUAUACCGCAGGUGGUGUCGGCAUUUCAGUGGCAUUAUUCUUCAUCCUUCACUCCUUUGCACGACCACCCCCAAGAACAAUGACCAAGGAGUGGCAGGAGGCGACGAACGAAUAUCUCAAGGUACGAAUAUUCCCACCCACGAAGAGGGUGGUGAUUUCAUGGUUCAAUAUACUGACAAUCGCAUUACAGUCCGAGAACAGCAAUCCCAUCUACGGUAUCAGCAGUGAACAAUACCAGGGUAAGGGCCACGUUCAGAGCAAGUCGGCCAAAUCUCAAGGCAUCAGCCUGGAGGCAGAAGAAUAG